AUGCCCGGGGGGUCUGAGGAAAAGCUCCCUUUUGGACAGGGGACGCCAGCCUGGCUCGACUACUUCGCUUCGGUUACAGGCUGCAAGGCCCUUGUAGAGGAGUACCUCAAGCUAACGCAUGACUACAGCUCAGUAAGGGAACUAUACGAUCCUUAUGAUGCUAAAGCCGUUGAAAGAAUGCUAUUGGAAAUGCUCCUUCAAAAGUUCCGAGAUCUCAACGGGCAAACUUCCCCCAUAGAAGAGGACAGUUCCGCUGAUACUGAUGCUGAUGAUGUUCUCAUUGCUCCUCUGAGUUUACCAGUGUAUACGGCGUUGACUGACAAGCAUUUCGACCUGGUCACACAAGUGCUCUCACAUGCACUAGAAAACCUUACAAAAGACAAGAAGGCUGGCCAGGCUCUCACAGAUCAGGUUAUCAACACUCGUGAUGAUAUAGUCUCAUUACUCUUGCCAAAACAAGGCACUAGGCUAGCUGAAGAAGGGGAUAGUAAGGGAGGUUCGUCAUCCAUUGAAACCUUGACGGAGCCAGUAGCUGCUUGCCAUGCGAAAAGAGGAGGAGCCGAUGACGAAGCGAAACAGGUGUUUGGAUUGGAUUUCGCCCCGACUAAAGUGCCACCUCAUAGGAGAAGGGAGAUGAUGGCAUGUCUCUUUAUAUUUUCAAUGCAGCUAUCGCUGCUGCUGGCCUGCCUGGCCAUCUAUUAUUGGAGAGUCACCUGGCCCUUCAUAGUAGCUUAUGCAACAUACGUGUAUAUUGACACAAAAUACUAUACUCGACAUAUUCGGCCUGUGGGGAAGUUCUUCCGCAACUCUCCCCUUAUGAGGAACUUCGCCAAAUACUUUCCAGUUCACCUUAUCCGAGACGAACCCGCGUCCUCUAGUUUCUCCCCAAAGAAGAGUUACAUGAUCGGCUAUCACCCGCAUGGUAUUCUCUCAAUUGGAGCCUCGACAGCUUAUGGCACUGACGCGAGUGGUUUCGAUCAGAAGUUCCCUGGCAUCACCCCUAGGCUUUGCACUCUCUCGGUGAAUACGAACAUGCCAUUUAUGCGAGAAAUGAUUUUGCGUCAAGGUAUAAUAGAUUGCUCCGCUGAAACGAUCAAACAGUACUUAUCCGUGCCAGGUCAGGCAGUUGUAUUAGUGCUAGGAGGAGCAGCUGAGGCAUUAGACACUAAAGCUGGCCGAUACGUCCUCACAAUACGUCGUCGUAAAGGCUUUUUCCGUAUUGCUAUACAAAAGGGAGCUUCCUUGGUGCCUAGUUUCGGUUUCGGCGAGAACGAUCUAUGGGAUACGUCCUUGCAGCCAGUGAGCGGCACUAGUUGGAUAAGGAGGCUCCAAACUUGGUCGUAUAAGAAGUUGACUUUCUCUACCCCCAUUUUCUCAGGCAGAGGUGUGUUCACAUAUAACUUUGGUAUGCUACCGUUUAGAAGGCCGGUAUAUACAGUAGUAGGAGAGCCUAUAGAAGUGACCCAGAAAGACCAUCCCACAAGCGAUGACAUUGAAGCUCUGAAGGAGAAGUAUAUCGCGGCAUUACGAGCUCUCUUUGACAAGUGGAAGGUUCGCUUACAGCCUAAUGCCGAACUCAUAAUACUCUAGUCGAACGCAACCCUUAAGGAUUUGUAUAGGGCGAACGACUUCAGUGGCAUAUGUUCUUCCAAAGUUCAUCGUUUGUUGUUGUGGGAAUAUUAAUAAUAGCAAUUAUGUUA